AUGAGCUCGCCGCAGAAGAAGACAGCCGCCGCAACAGAGGGUAGCCUCUCUGUUGCUCAGUACCAUGAGUGCCAGCAGGCAAAGCGCGACGCGCUCGCUGCAAAGGCCGCGUCGGGGACAACCCAGCCGGAGAUUGUCCUCGAAGGUUCCUCUGUAGUCAACGACGCCGUUGACGACGAGGACGGCGACGUGGAGAUGGAAGAGGGCGAAGCCUCUUCUAGCAAGUGCAAGGAGUCUAUCGACAGCGAUAGUCUCGACCCGCAUGCCGGGUCGAGACGCCCUCGUGAAGGAGACGAUUCGGACGAUUCGGACGCUUCAAGCUCGAAGCGUUCGCGCGGCGAGAGCGACACUCCGCUCUCUGCUGCUGGGGCUUUAAGCUCCCCGCAGAUCGCAGACCGUGUGGGCAACACCAUGCCUCCAAAUGAAAUUCCGCUGUACGUAUGCAGCGGGAUCCACGAUGAUGCUGUGGCGGAGGAGCAGCACUUUGAUCCCAAGAAGACCUCUUCUCGCAGCAAAGUGCCUGAGUGGCAGGCACUUUGUCAAAGUUGGAAUGCUUUUGUUGAGAACUUCAACAAGAAGCCGGCUGCUUACCGUGAGCGGGUUAAGCACGCCCGUGAACGCUUCGAGACAUUCUCGACGCGCGGGAGGUUGGAGCAGCUCCACAGAUCUUCUGUGGACGCUGGUAUUUCAUGCGCUGUGCCCGAAGGCCAACAGUGCACGUUGUGUCUUCCGGGUGCGGCGCGCUUGAGCGACCGCGACCUUAACGGGUAUACGACGAUUCGUGUACCUGCGAGUCUCAAGGAUCUCCGUGCCAAGUUCUUGGCACGUGAGGAACGCGACGAUCGUGGGACCUCGGGCGCUGUAGGUGACCACACGCUCGCACUACCUUCGCGUCGGCAGUGCGUGGUGAGCUUCGUACUCCCUCACCAUUUCCGGAACGUCCUGCAGCAGGAC